GAUUCCUACUCACUUCACAUGCACAGAAAGAGAAGGAAAAAGAGAGUGAGAAAGAGAGAGGGGACAGCAGAACGAGAGAAAGAGAGAGGGAACAUAUGAGAAGGGAGAGAAGCGUAGUGCAGUUUUAUAGAGUGGGUUUUAAAAUAUUGGCUGUACUUUGUGUGUAUGGUUAAGAAACAUAUGGGCAUUGGAUGAAUUGCAGGGAAGCAGGACUUGAAGAGUCUGAGAAGAGAGAGAGAGAAAGAAAGAGAGAGAGAGAGAGGGAAAGGUGCCAAGAGCAGUGAAAAAGCACAAGCCCUGGAAAGGAAAUUCUCUUCAUCAUGGGCAAGUCUGCCUCAAAGCAAUUCAAUAAGGAAGUGCUGAAGUCUCAUAACGAAUACAGAAAGAAGCAUCAAGCACCACCGUUGAGCCUCAGCAAGAAUCUUUGUACAGAGGCGGCGAGAUAUGCAGAGAGUUUGGCCAGCAGAAGGAUUUUAAAGCACAGUGUUGAAUCGAGUAAAGGAAACUGUGGAGAAAAUCUAGCCUGGGCAUCGUAUGAUCAAACAGGAAAGGAUGUGACUGAUCGCUGGUAUAAUGAGGUGAACCAGUACAACUUCAACCACCCUGGAUUCUCCUCUGGAACUGGUCACUUCACUGCAAUGGUGUGGAAGAGCUCACAGAAGCUGGGUGUUGGUAAAGCUGUUGCAUCCGAUGGCUCCACGUUUGUAGUGGCACGCUACUUCCCUGCCGGGAAUAUCACUAAUCAGGGCCACUUCCAAGCAAAUGUCCUGCCUCCUAAGAGCUGAUCCUGGAAUGUUUGAGGAGCUAGAGUUUGGAAGUCGUGUGCUGUUACGGUGAAUUGCAAGUCUCACAGGUCUACAAGAAGUGAAUUGGAGCCCUAUGGCUAAGCAUUAUUAAAUACACUGAUGCCUUACAGUUUAGUUGGUCUUAGAAUGUUUUUUAAUACUAAGCUUAAUCCAUGUUCACAGAUAAAACUGAUAGCUGAAGUACUACAGAGCUAAUGUACUAUUGACAGGUAUUUUUAGACACAUAAUUUCAGACAUGUAGUCCCCUGGAGCUUACACACGUUGUCUCUUAUUUUUAAAGGUCCAAGGAAAACUCAUGUUAAGAGCAUGUGAACUUAAAAUGAGUCUUAACAUGAAUGUCACAGUAUUAUUGUUUAACACUGAACAAAGUGCCUGCUUUACCAUAGUUUUGUGUGUAUUAUUUCAGUGUUGAGGUUUGAAUAAACAACAGUAAACAUUUAAACAGUUUAAAA